AUGAGAGCAUUGACGAAGUAUGCUCCCAGACACGCUUCGUCAUUACGUGACUGGAAACACAUCUCCAACUUGACCUUAGCGGAUGACGAUCCGACUGGAUCAACUCCUAUUGACCUCAUUAUUGGAGCUGAUUUGUAUAGCAAGGUUCUUGUCAAUAUACGCAAUGGACCCAUAGGUCAACCAGACGCUAUACAAUCGCAUUUCGGGUGGAUUCUAUCUGGACCUACGUCAAUCCCUAAUCAUGUCAUACAAAACACCCAUGUAGUCGGCUCUACUUUGGUUUCAUCGCAUGUCGGAGCCCAACCUCAAGGCUCACCAUUACCCAGUUCACAACAAAGGUAUCAUGCAGUUGCUCACUGCUGCUCCUUGGAACGGCAAUUAUCUCAUAGAGUAGCCGAAAUUCAGACACGAUUACCAACCGGUAGUUGGCAUCACGUAAACACCAGUGAAAACCCCGCAGACUGUGCUUCGCGCGGAUUACUCGGCCGAGAUUUGAUAUCCAUCAACCUAUGGUGGCAUGGGCCGUCAUGGUUGCAUCUUCAUUCUGAUGAGUGGCCUCAUCAAAUUCUAUCAGAGCACCACGAAACUCAGUUGGAACUGAAGGCAUGUGAAGCUCAUCAAAACAGUACUCGUGAAGACUGGAGUCUUGCUGCACGGUAUUCAUGGUGGCCAAAAUUGAUACGCGUCACUGCAUAUAUAUACCGAUUCAUAAACAAAUGUCAACGGAAGCACGCGGCAGAUCACAAAGAUCACGUCCGGUCCCACGCCAUUACAGCAUUUGAGUACAUGCAGUCUCGUAACUUUUGGUUGCAUAUGAUUCAAGCAGAGGUGUUCAAGCAAGAACUUUACUUACUCAAGUCAAACAAGAGGUUAUCAAGAAACAGCGCUCUGAUAUCAUUAAAUCCAUUCCUAGACGCAAAUGGUCUACUCCGCGUUGGCGGAAGAUUGGAGCAUUCUCAUCUACCAUUUCAAUCCAAACAUCCAGUUCUACUAGCUGAUCAUCCAAUUACUACAAUGCUCAUUCGCUACACGCACAUAGCCUCGCUGCACGCCGGUCUUCAGUCUACCCUGUCUAAAAUUCGCCAAGAAUUUUGGAUUAUAAAAUCUAGGCCUUUAGUUAAAUCAGUUAUCUACAGGUGCGUUCGAUGCACGCGAGAAAGAGCUCAGGUAGCCAAUCAGUUAAUGGGUCAACUCCCAUCAACUCGAGUCUCAACGCCAACGAGGGCGUUUUUGCACAGCGGCAUCGAUUAUGCCGGUCCAGUGCUCAUUCGAGCCUCUGCUGGUCGAGGAAUCACCUCACGAAAGGCUUACAUAGCCGUUUUCAUAUGUUUGGCAACUCGAGCCAUUCAUCUCGAGUUGGUCAGCGAUUAUUCAACGCCAGCAUUUUUGAACGCAUUUCAACGAUUUUGCGCCAGACGAGGCUUGCCAGCAGUUAUGUAUUCGGAUAACGGUACAACAUUCACAGGAGCCGAUAAAGAGCUAUCCCGCGCGUAUCGGGAUGCUCAACGCAAUACGGAUUUUCUCAAUUUAAUCGCAACAGAUAGGAUCACUUGGAGUUUCAUCCCGCCUCAUGCUCCUCAUUUUGGAGGACUAUGGGAGGCAGGAGUGAAGAGUGUCAAACACCACCUUCGUCGAAUUGUAAGCUCACACGCAUUGACAUUUGAGGAGUUCACGACAGUGUUGUGCAAAAUUGAGGCUAUCCUCAACUCAAGGCCGCUUUCUCCACUCAAUGAUACUCCAGAUGACUACGAGUUCCUGACCCCAGGUCACCUUUUGAUUGGGACUGCCAUUACUACGAAUCCGGAACCUUCCGUUCUACAAUUGAACGAAAACAGAUUGUCGCGAUGCAACCAAAUGCCUGUUAUUGUUCAAUAUGUAAUCACUGAAUCUCACUCGAAAAAUCAUUAA